GCUCCGCCCCUCCAGGUGCGGGAAGCUGAAGCCGGGAAACAUGGUGGCCGCCCGCCUUCUCAGCAAGGGUUGGACUGUCCUGGCAGGGUUGUUGCUUUUCUCCUUCGGCAGCUUGGCCGCUAGUCAGAUCGAGGAUCAAGCAGAACAUUUCUUUAGAAGUGGCCAUACAAACAACUGGGCUGUUUUGGUAUGUACAUCCCGGUUCUGGUUUAAUUAUCGGCAUGUUGCAAAUACUCUCUCUGUUUACAGAAGUGUCAAGAGGCUAGGUAUUCCUGACAGUCACAUUGUUCUGAUGCUUGCAGACGAUAUGGCAUGCAACCCUAGAAAUCCCAAACCAGCUACGGUGUUUAGUCACAAGAAUAUGGAACUAAAUGUGUAUGGAGAUGAUGUGGAAGUGGAUUAUAGAAGUUAUGAGGUAACUGUGGAGAAUUUUUUACGGGUAUUAACUGGAAGGAUCCCACCUAGUACUCCUCGCUCAAAACGUCUUCUUUCUGAUGAUAGAAGCAAUAUUCUUAUUUAUAUGACAGGACAUGGUGGAAAUGGUUUCUUGAAAUUUCAAGAUUCUGAAGAAAUUACCAACAUAGAACUUGCAGAUGCUUUUGAGCAAAUGUGGCAAAAAAGACGCUACAACGAGUUACUGUUUAUUAUUGAUACUUGUCAAGGAGCAUCCAUGUAUGAACGAUUCUAUUCUCCUAACAUAAUGGCUUUAGCUAGUAGCCAAGUGGGAGAAGAUUCACUCUCGCAUCAACCUGAUCCUGCAAUUGGAGUCCACCUUAUGGAUAGAUACACAUUUUAUGUCUUGGAAUUUUUGGAAGAAAUUAAUCCAGCUAGCCAAACUAAUAUGAAUGACCUUUUUCAGGUAUGUCCUAGAAGUCUCUGUGUGUCUACCCCUGGACAUCGCACUGAUCUUUUUCAGAGGGAUCCUAAAAAUGUCCUGAUAACUGAUUUUUUUGGAAGUGUACGGAAAGUGGAAAUUACAACAGAGACUAUUAGUUUGCAACCAGAUUUAGAAAUCGUGGAAAGCAGAUAUAAGAAAGACCGGAUGGAUGAGGAACUCAUGGAACCACUGAAAUAUGCUGAACAACUUCCUGUAGCUCAGAUAAUACACCAGAAACCAAAGCUGAAAGAUUGGCAUCCUCCUGGGGGUUUUAUUCUGGGAUUGUGGGCACUCAUUAUAAUGGUUUUCUUCAAAACUUAUGGAAUCAAGCAUAUGAAGUUCAUUUUCUAGACAUGAUGUGUGAAGAAGAUGGCAUGGAAGACUGCAACCUUGGAUAAAAUUUUAUGUCAUUAUACAUUUUAAAAAAUACAUUGUUCUUGUGUGAAUUGGGCAAAAAGUAUAGGGAAACUAAAUUUGAAUGAACUAUUGAUUUUAUAACUUAAAGAUAAAUAACUGUUAAUGCAAAUGCUAAGUGGCACUAACUAUACUUGUUUUUUGUUGUGCAUGUUAUUAAAAAGAUUGGACAAAGAUCAGAGUAUAUUUAAUGGCUAUUUUUGAAAAUAAAAAUUUCCCCUAAUCUUACCCCCUUUUCAUUCGGAAAAGAAAAAAAUGUGAAGACAUUUAAAUUCUCACUAGCAGAGGUGAUUUCUUGUCAGGAAUUUUGUGUGUGUCCUCCUAGUCUUUUUUUUCAAUGUACAUAUUUUUUUCCUAAAUAGAGAUCGUAUAGAAUAUUUCACUCUGUAACUUUUCAUUUUACAAUAUGUUAUCAACCCUUUCCCUCUCCUUGGACAUUUUUCAGAACACACUGUGAAUGGUUGCACAGUAUCCAUUUUAUGAAUGUACAGUAAGUUAUUUAACACUCUUCUGUUGUUGGACCUACUUACCUUGUUCUCAGAAUCUUCCUUUGGUUGAUUCUUCAGUGGGUUAGUAUUCUACUGUCAGCCAUUCAUGGAAUUCUGCAGCUUUAAUUAUAAGUAAAUAUAAAAAAAUGAGUUCCUUAACUUAUGGUACUGAUAGUCUUUGGGACCUUAUUUGCUGUCAGUUUGCCUGGAAAAUAUAAGACCUUUGAGAAUUUCAUAUUAUUGACUGCUCAAGAGAAACAGACCCCAUCAUUUUACAUUUCUAAGCAUUCUGUGAUCCUCAAGAAUUGAUUACUUCCUCUUCAAUUUCCAUAUUGAAAGAGACAUUUCAUUCUGUUUAAGGUGAACCUUGUCACUGGCUGGGUCUGUACUUUUCCUGAGAUAAUCCCAUAGAGUGGAUGAGAGUGGAUGACUGUCUGGAAAGGUCACACGUAGAACCCUGCCUUUUUGUUUGACUGAUGCAUCACUUAAGGCAGAAAAGACCUUUUUGCUCUCCAAGAAGAUUUAAGAAUUCACAUGAACUUCAUCGCUGAUUUCUUUUAGCUCAUCAGCCAUCUGCCUAUCUUUCUCAUAACUGGCAAUAGUAUUGAGAUUGUGUUUUGGCAUCAGCCCCAGAUACUGUUUUUUUUGUUGUUGUUGUUGUUUUGCAUAUAA